AUGUGUACGAUUACCGUGAUAGUAAUUUUGUUCGUAUGCCAUCAAUCAGACGGUACAUUCGAAUCAAGAGAGUCAUUGAAUGUUGGAACAGUGUUGUUUCUAAAUGCAGACAUCAGAAAUAAGAAAUGGACCACAAACGAAAUUGGAUUACUAAGAGCACGUGAAUACUUUCAACAUGCGAUUCCACCUCAAAGGAUCUUGUACAGGGUAGACGAACAUUUUGUUGAUAAUUUAUUAGAUUAUUUUAAAACUGGCUACUCAGCCAUUAAGAGGGAAGCAAGAGAUCCAGUGACAGACAAAACAAUGACUGUAGCCCUUUCAGAUGUUAUAGGUGGUUACUUAAAAUCUUGGGUACUGCCAGUAACAAAAUUCGCUUAUUAUGGAGGUUCAAUAUCCCAAGAGAAUGCGCUAAAUAUAUUCAACUUUUACAAAGAAGUUAAACGAUAUUUAGGCACAGACGGAAAGUCUUGGAGCGAUCCCGAUCCGCAACUACUAAAUUCAAUCGAAGUCAAUAUAGAAUCGCCAAAACACGUCUUCAAAACGAGAAGUCUGGAUAAUCCUUGCGAAUCUUUAGCUUACUUCAUUAAAACACCUGUUGGUUUCGUAGUACCAACGCCGUAUGUGAAAUGGAAUGAUCAAGGUAGUACAAUGUUUUUGCCGCUCAAGAACGACUCGUUAGUUGCUCUGGAAUCGGAAUCGGCAUCGAGCGCGCUGUUCAAAUAUUACGAUGUGGCCAAAAACUGUAUAGAAACGUCCGGUAAGGGCGAUCAAGAUAAUUUCGAUGAGAGAUUCCAAACAUGGUUAUCAGAUGACAUCGUGCCCCAUCUAAACGAUGAUAAACUUUAUACUGCUCUAGGAAGUGUUUUGACACUGCUGAACACUUCAAAUAACGAUGAUGGCUACGAAGAGACUUUCAAGGACUAUUUCAAAAUCAAUACCUGCGCGUAUUUUCAUAACCUUUGCAACAUAGAUUUUUCGUCAAAGAAAACUAUUGUCAUAUGUCUGAUAAUAUUUUUAGAGAUAGUCUGGUGUAUACCAACAUUGAUUUUAUUGCUAUGCAAGAAAAGUAAAAAUGAUGAUACUCACGUCGAUUCAUCAGAUAGUAGUAAAAGAAGACGUUACAUAGAUGGUUUCAAAGUUCAGAAGUAUGCUAAAAAAGGUAAAUAUGGAAGAAGUGGGAAAACUCAGACAGCUUCCAGAGUACAAAUUAAUACGAGCGAUUAUGAAGGUUUAUUUAUAGCUGAAGACGUUCACAACGUUGGAACCAUGUGCUCAUCAGUUUCGAGAAACUCAGUAGGAACAUGUACGCAGUCGUUUUUUAGCUCGAAGUUUUGUUCCGCCGAUCUUGCCAAAAUCAUAUACGAAGGUCCGAGCGUGACAAAUAAACGACCAUUAAAACAAAUUAUAACACAGAAAAGCGACGCUAACGUUUUGGAUGCCCGAGACAUCAUACUCCCCGAGAUUUAUCGAAAAUUUUACUCAAAAUCAACCCCGUUCGAAGUUGAGCAAAGCUACAGUACGAAUCAGGGUUUAGAACCAUCUAAGACGGUGACCCUGCUCAAUGGGGGCACCGUACCUGGCGUUGAGUAUGACACCAAGCACAAAGCUUGUUGCUGCUCUGAACAAGUAAGCUCUAUAGACACGCUGAAGAAUAACAAUGUAG